CUCCAGUCCAACAGGUGGCGGUAAUGCAUCAAAAUGAGGCUUGACGACCGCCAAAAGAAGAAUCUGUUGCAAAACUCUCCUUCAAAAUAUCAGCACAGAUAAACUCUGAACGUAGUCGAUUAGCAUCAUGCUUUCAGCAAACAUCGCUAAAAAGGUUGCUUGUACUAUUUACCGGGCAUCACUGCGGCCGGCUGUCAGUACGGUGAUAUCUCGGGGUUACCGUGGCGAUGCUCCAGAACCAACCAUGAUUGAGAUCCCCUUACCUCCGUGGCAGGAGAGGCCCGGCGAAUCCCUGGACAUCAAGAAGAAAAGACUGCUGUAUGAGAGCCGUAAGAGAGGCAUGCUGGAGAACUGUAUCCUUCUUAGCCUUUUUGCAAAGCAGUACCUGAACACAAUGAGCGAAGCUCAGCUGAAGCAGUACGACAGACUCAUCAAUGAACCGAGCAAUGACUGGGACAUCUACUACUGGGCCACAGAGGCUGUGCCGACACCAGACGUUUAUCAGGGCGAGGUGAUGGACUUGCUCAAAGAGUUCACCAAGAACAAAAACAUGGAACAACGUCUAGACGCACCAAAUCUGGAAUACCUGGACAAGAGCCUUUAAAACUCACCUGUACAUCAGAGACUCUUAUAGCAGACCAAUGCUAAACUCAUCAUUCACUUGAUCUUGUGAACCAUUUUAAAUGUGUUUCUGGCAUUAGACUGACAUAAGGCUUGAUAAACACAUUUAUGUAUUGUACAUAUUGUUUGUACAUCCAACUAAAUUGUCUAAGCACUGGUAUGACACAUCAGUGUAAAUGAUACCGUAUACUAUUUGUAUAUAAUUGUAUAAAUAGUAAAUAAUAAUAAUAAUAGUAAUGUUUAUAGUGUAUCCCUAUAAGACAUAUAUAACAUGAGAGCAAUUGAAUAAACUGUAUGGCGAUGAUAACACAAAAAUAAUGAAAAUUGUGUACUUAUAAUAAAGAUGACUUGAAUUUAAAUUUAAAGAGA